AUGAGUGGACUGGAAACUGUUCCAGACACUAUAAAUUUUCCCAAGGAGGAAGAAAACACCUUGAAAUCUUGGAGUGAAAACGGCGUCUUUGAGAAAUCGCUAGCGCUGGCUAAAGAUAGGCCACGUUAUACGUUCUUCGAUGGCCCUCCAUUCGCAACCGGCUUACCUCACUAUGUGACAAGAUGGGCCCAUCAAAACGGCUUUUAUGUUGAGCGGCGCUUCGGAUGGGACACACAUGGUCUUCCUGUGGAAUAUGAAGUGGACAAGACGUUAGGUGUGAAAGGUCCUAGUGAUAUUUAUGCUAUGGGAAUUGACAAAUACAAUGCGGAAUGCAGGAGCAUUGUUAUGAGAUAUGCUCAUGUG